AUGUCAAAUGGCAGCCAAGCGGGAAAGUCAUCUGCGUCAUUCCACUUCGUAGCAGGCCUCGGCUCAGGCGUCCUCUCCGCCGUCCUCCUGCAACCAGCCGACCUCCUCAAGACCCGCGUGCAACAAUCCGGGUCCAGCUCCCUCCUAACCACCAUCCGCGAAAUCUCCCACGCCUCCCCCUCAAUCCUCUCUUUCUGGCGCGGCACACUCCCCUCAGCACUACGUACCGGCUUCGGCUCCGCUAUAUACUUCACAGCUCUGAACGCCCUGCGGCAGAAUGUCGCGCGCUCAAACCUCCUCGCUCAAAUCGGCGCCGUGGAUAAACCUGGGGCGAAUCACUCGUCCGCCUUGCCAAAGCUUUCGAAUCUCGCGAACCUUACAACGGGCGCGGUAGCUAGGGCAUCGGCGGGGUUUAUUCUUAUGCCGAUGACUAUUAUGAAAGUGCGGUAUGAGUCGAGUCUCUACGCAUACAAAUCUCUUGCUUCCGCAAGCAAAGAUAUAUUGCGAACUGAAGGCGUGCGAGGGUUUUUCUCGGGCUUCGGAGCAACUGCCAUACGCGAUGCGCCAUACGCAGGUCUAUACGUUUUAUUCUACGAGCAGCUGAAGAAGCGCCUUAGUGUGUUGGUUCAAAAAGUACCGAUCCCGGGUGAACUUCCAGUGGGUAUGAAGGGAAGCACGUCGGCGAGUAUAAAUUUUGGAUCUGGGAUUUUGGCGGCGGGAAUGGCUACGGCGUUUACGAAUCCGUUUGAUGCUAUUAAGACGCGGAUCCAGCUGCAGCCGAAAAAGUAUUUGAAUAUUUGGCAUGCGGCGAGGCUUAUGGUUAGGAAUGAUGGAUUUAAGAGUCUGUUUGAUGGUUUGGGAUUGCGGAUGGGGAGGAAGGCUGUUAGUUCGGCGUUGGCUUGGACGUUGUAUGAGGAGCUUAUUAGGAGGGCAGACCUUGCGAGGACGGAUACGCAGGGAACGCAGGUUUUGUAA